AUGGCCACCUUGAAGAAGGCGGCAGAGUCAACUCUUUAUCACCUCAGUCCAAAGGGCGACGUUGUCGUCGUAAACCCAGAAAUUUCCUCUGGUCUCCCCUUGCCAAAUCUCAAUCGUUGGCCCCCGCCAGCCUCUCGUCCGGAAAAGUACUCUACCCCUGCCACCAAAGCUUCUGACCCUGCCGAGAAUCCAUAUUGGAAACGCGAUGUUCGACGUGCAUAUCCACAACUCUCCGUCGUCACUCAGUCUGAACUCUCUUCCUUGCUAAUCGCGCAUUCUUCACCUCCUCAAGUGUAUGUCUCCACGAACGUUCAUCAUAUCCGUUUGCUUACCCCCCUCUCCAGCGCGGCGCCUGUUGAAGGACAGACAGAGGUUCCCGUAGUUGCCCAGAAAACCCCCGAGCUCUCCGAAGCUAUUGCCACCAUUACCGGAGCUACAAAGGUCUACUCGGAGUCAAAGCUUCCCCCAGCCCUGCCUAUUCCUUACAAGCGAUGGGUGCCCCAGCUGUCGCCCAAUGCUCCCCAUGACCAGUUUGCCUACUUCCCCAUGUCACUAUACCGGUAG